AUGGCACUGGAGGCACUGGGAGGGCACUGGUGUGGUGGGCGUGGUGGGCGUUGCACUGACCCCGCCCAGGUGUGGAGGGUGUGGUGGGUGUGGUGGGCGUGGCACAGACCCUGCCCAGGUGAGGUGGGCGUGGCACUCAGACCCCUCCCCAGGUGCCUCCAGGCCGUGCAGCUGGACCGCCACAUUCGCCUCCUGGACUGUCCGGGGGUGGUGCUGGAUUUGGGGGACCCCCCGGCCGCCGCGCCCCUGCGGGGGGCUCUGGCCCCCCAAAACCUGCGGGACCCCCUGAGCCCCGCCUGCGCCGUCCUGCGCCGCUGCCCCGCCCAGCAGCUGAGCCAGGUCUAUGGGGUGCCCCCCUGCACUGACCCCCUGCAGUUCCUGGCCCACCUGGCCCGGAGGUGGGGCCGGCUCAGGCCCGGGGGGCUGCCGGACCCCCACGCCGCUGCCGUGGGGCUGCUGCGGGACUGGAGCAGUGGGAAGAUCUCGUACUACACCCACCCCCCCAAAUCUCGGGGGGUGCAGCUCCAAGCCCAAAUCCUGCCGGCGCUGGGGCCGGAGCUGGACCUGGCGGCUCUGGAACGGGGGGACGCCGAGGUCCUGGCAGCGGUGCCGGUGACGGUGUCGGGCUUGGGGCUGUCCCCGGAGGAGGAGGAGGAGGAGGAGGAGGAAGGAGAAGCCAUGGAGGACGACAGCGCUGACCAGGAGCUCGGCAGGAUGACGGUGGAGGUGAAACCCCCCCGGGUGAAGUCGGGGGGCGUUGGGGGGGAGUCGCUGCCCCGACCCCCCGGCCUGGAGGAUGUGGCUGCGCUCCCCCCCCUGCUCCAGGGCCAGGGGCUGCGGGCAGCCGCGAAAAGGAGGAAAAAACUGCAAAAAAGAGCAGGGAAGAUCGGCACGAAGCUGUCGCAGGCGCUGGAGGCGGCCAUGCAGUUCUGAGGCAAAAUAAAUCAAAUUAAAUCAAUUUU